GUUGUAUAUUGUUUUAAAUGAAAUGAAGAAGACCAGUAACAUGGGGCGGAGUACUGGAGGCUUGGUGACGGUGGUCGGGUGGCUUCUACUCGGACGGAUCACUGAUACCAUAGCCCUCAAGGAGGUCCAGAUGAUAGCACCGUCGGCAGUCAGACUUGGUGACACGGUACUUCUGGGCUGCACGUGGAAACUAGAAGGCAACGAAACCUUGUACAGCGUGAAGUGGUACAGGGGUCGCCAAGAGUUCUUUAGUUACCUCCCCAAAGAGUAUCCUUUCACGAGGAUAUUCGCUGUCCCUGGAAUUGAUGUUGAUGUGUCGAGGUCAUCGUCGCACCAGGUAGUGUUGAGGGAGGCAACACGCGCCCUGGCCGGGAGGUAUCGCUGUGAGGUGUCAGCGGACGCGCCCUCAUUUCACACACAAGUCCGGUCGGCUUUCAUACAUGUUGUUGAACUGCCGUCAGAGAAGCCGACGAUAAAGGCGGAGAAGGGCUGGUACGCGUCCGGAGACUCCCUCCGGGCGCAGUGUUCCUCGCCACCUGCCGACCCUCCGGCUAACCUCACCUGGUUGCUCAAUGGAAGAGAUAUUCAAGGAAAGCCAGUGAUACAGCAGCGGAUCCUGCCCAGCCCAGCUGUCUCCAUUGACAUCCCACAGCUGGGACGUAGCACCCCCCCUCCGACAGAUGAGAAUAACAACAUCAUCUUCAGCCCGUGGAAGGCCUUUGGCCCGUUUGUCGAUUCUAUACAGGACGGCGAACUACUACCAAGCCAGGACACAGUCCUGCUGCCAACUCCUCGGCAUCACGAACUGUCUGUGGAUGACGACACCACGGACCCUAUGCCAACUGUGGAAACCUCUAAUAAGGUGGCGUCAAUUAGCCAGCUAUCAUUCAUGGUGCGGCCAGACAGCUUCGAGCGCGGCCAGUUGCGGCUUACGUGCAUCUCGAGCGUGCACUCCGUGUACACGGAGCAAGCCGAGCUGGUUAUCAACGAGGAGCGGCCGCAGAUAGCCUCCGUGCUCGGCACGAGAGACGCUGCAGUUUCCGUUGCGGCGUCAACUUUGCUUACUACCCUCUACUCUGCAGUCAUGUUCUAUGAAAAUGUAUUGAGGCAAAUCAUCCGAUGAUGGUACGCCGAGGGCGACUGAACUACCACUCGCAGUUGUACAUAUACAUAGUAGUUUUAAACUUAGAACAUUCAGC